ACUCGAAAGGUUGCUGUGUAUGGGCUUACAGGUGAUGAGCAAAAACAUGGCUCUGCUGCGAAGCUCUACUGUGCUGUUGCUUUUGGCUUUCUCAGUAUCAAGGACAUUUACAGCCAGGAUAAUUGGGGGUCAGGAGGUCCCGCCAUACUCCAUCAAAUAUCAGGCAUCCCUGCAGUAUGAGACCGGGCAACACUACUGUGGAGGAACCUUAGUGCACCCUCAAUGGGUGGUGUCUGCUGCCCACUGCUGGAGACCGAGCAGUCUUAUGCAGGUGACGCUGAGUGAACACAAUCUGCUUGAAACAGAAGGAUUUGAACAGGUCUUUAAUGUCUCACAGAUAUUUGUCCAUAACUAUAACUACAAGUCAUUCAACAAUGACAUCAUGCUCAUCAAGCUGAGUGAGCCAGCACAGCUGAAUGCCCAUGUCCAGCCAGCUGUUUUGCCUGAUGCAGACACUCCUCCACUCAGUUAUGAUGUCUGCACAGUGAGCGGCUGGGGUGUGACGCAGAUUUACAGUUACAAACUCUCUCCUGUGCUACGUGCUGUGGACGUAAAAAUAAUACCUUACUGCACUUAUUACUACUGGGGGAGGAUCACUUCAAAUAUGCUGUGUGCUGGAACUCGAUAUGGUGGCAAAGAUUCCUGCCAGGGAGAUUCCGGUGGUCCUCUUAUCUGCAAUGGCUAUUUCGAGGGAAUUGUGUCCUGGGGUAUCAGCUGUGCAAACCCAUACUUCCCUGGAGUCUACACCAAAGUGAGGAACUACGUCCCUUGGAUUAACUGGGUUAUAAACAACAACACACCAUGAACAGUCACCACGAUCUUUGAAGAGCAGCAGAGACAGGCCUCUAAAUUCAUUCAUUUUGGAAAGAAAUAGCUGAUUCACAUUAUUUUCAAUGGCCUAUUUCAUUACUAAUGAUUUCUUUGUGUUUUUUAGUACUAAUUGUCAACUUUACACACUAAGUUUAAUUGUAAUUCAUUAUGUCAGGGUAUGCUACGGAGCCAGGGUUAUCAGUCAUUUCUAAGGUUUCUUGGGAAUGUGUUAAUACAUUUGCAGUUUAUUGAUUUUCAUUCAUUCAUUGUUUUAAGAAACGAGAUACAAAAAUAAACCCAUUUUUAUUGUAAUUGUUUUAUUAGUAGUAGUUGUAGUAGUAACAGUAGUAAACAAAAUGUUAAAGCAGCAUUAAUCAAUAGAGCUGGGCAACAUCGUUAAAAUCAAUAAUAACAUUACAUUUUUACCCAGGUUAUUGAUUGAGAUUGAGACAUCAUACCAAAGUACUGGGUCUAUACACUGACUGGUCGUCCUUUUCUAGUGUUACUACAUGCACUGAAUGAAUGAAUAAACCAUCCACAGUGACAAUAAAAAUGAGUUCCUUG